UUUCCUCACCUUUCCUUUCUGCUCAUAUUCAGAACUCCAGGAAAGCAUACUGGAGUUGGUCAAUUCAACAUGCUCCCCCACAGAGCAGGCUCUUCGUCUCUCCGUCGUUCACUCAGGACUCUGAGGGGCUCUCGUCUUGCUCGUGAUCUUUCGACUAGAGCAUCCGCCGUUCUUUCUGCUCUUGAUAUACCUACGACUCCAGUCGAACUUGAAGGUGUCUACGAUGGGACGUGGAAAGGUUCUGGAGAGGUCAUUCAGUCGCGUUGCCCGACAACUGGUGAAGUCUUGGCCAGAGUGAAGACAGCUAGCCCUGAGGAACUGCACACUGCCCUUGACAAAUCGCGAGAGGCUUUUGAGAUGUUCAGGAUGGUGCCCGGGCCCCAAAGAGGCGAAAUUGUUAGGCAGAUUCGGGAGGGCCUGUUCGCGAAGCGAGAAGCACUUGGCGCUCUUGUGAGCCUGGAGAUGGGCAAGAUCCGGACCGAAGGUGUCGGAGAGGUCCAAGAGUUUGUGGACAUCUGCGAUUAUGCCGUCGGUCUUUCUCGUAUGAUGAACGGACGAAUUAUCCAGUCUGAGAGACCUGGACAUUCUAUACUCGAAGUCCCAAAUCCAUUAGGUAUCGUCGCCGUACUAUCGGCAUUCAAUUUCCCAGUCGCGGUCUAUGGCUGGAACCUCUCUCUAUCCAUGGCAGCAGGUAAUGCAACCAUAUGGAAACCCUCACAGACCACACCCCUUUGUGCUAUUGCUGUGACCAAGAUCGUCUCAGCGGUGCUUGAGAAGAACGGAAUCCCGGGUGCUGUUGCUGGCCUGGUCAUUGGUGGCAAGGAUGUCGGGGAGGCAAUCGUGGAAAGUGAAGGUGUUGAUAUGGUCUCAUUCACGGGAAGUGAAGCUGUUGGUAGACAGGUCGGCAAGAAGGUUCAGUCACGGUUCGGCAAAGUCCUCCUCGAACUCGGAGGUAACAACGCUUCUAUCAUCGCUCCCUCGGCAGACCUCAACUUGGCCCUCCCUGCCACCUUCUUCGGUGCUGUAGGCACUGCUGGCCAACGUUGUACAUCGACCCGCCGUCUAUACCUCCACAAAUCCAUAUCCUCCCAGUUCCUCGAAAGAUUGACCAAGCUCUACGAUUCGCUCCUUCCCGGUGACCCCUUGCAUCCUGCAACAUUGUUAGGGCCUGUCCAUACAGCAGCCGCGGUCGAUCUUUACAAUCAAACCGUCUCUAGCCUGUCAUCGCACUCUUCCGCCACGGUCCUCACCUCUCGUUCUGGACAGCGUUUCUCCGUAUCCCAGCUCUCAUCCAGCGAAACAAGCGAAACAGACCUUUCAUCAGGAAACUUCGUCCGCCCCGCACUCGUUCAGCUCUCCACCGGCUCGCCUGCCGAUCCAUCUGUAUCGAGCAUCUGGAAGACCGAGAAGUUUAUCCCUGUCCUUUGGGUGGCUGAAUAUGACGGUUUGGAGGAGGUUAUUCAGUGGAAUAAUGCAGUGCCACAAGGCUUAAGUAGUAGCUUGUGGACGAGGGAUGUGGGAGAGGUGGGGAAGUGGGUGGGUGCCGGGGGUAGUGAUUGUGGGAUUGUUAAUGUCAACGUCGGCACGUCGGGUGCGGAGAUUGGGGCUGCAUUCGGUGGGAACAAGAGUACGGGCUGGGGACGCGAGUCGGGCGGGGAUGCGUGGAAGCAGUAUGUUAGAUGGAGUGCGUGCACGAUCAACUACUCGGACAAAGCGCCUUUGGCUCAGGGAGUGGAUUUCUCGGCGAUUGCUUGAAUAUAUUGGUUUUAUCGGAAAUGUACGAUAGCUCGGACGUUGCUUGUAUCAUAUACAAACGUACAUCGUUUCUGAACAUCUAUCAACACAUUGUGGCACCCUGUUGCCCCUGUGGCGGAGCCAUGCCUGGUCAUGCUCUCACACCACAACGCUCUAAGCCUCCUGCGCAAUCAUCUCCUGCACCUUCUCCCUCAGCCCAUUCUCCCAGUCAUCACAACAAGCUGAGAACAAAGCUGUGUCCCUUUUCAAGUUUUGUGCUUUUGUAUCACCUUCUCUCGGGGCGUCACCCUCCUUUCCCUCUGGCAAUACGAUGUGCCACCUCAGUACUCCCUCAUCCUUGAACCCAAUCCUCUUCGCAGCUUUCUUGCUCGGCUCAUUCCUCGAAUUCGCCCUCCACUCAACUCUCCUGAGGCCCAAGGCGCCAGGGAAUCGUGAUGACAAUUCGAGCGCAUAACGCAAGAGAACGCAGACCGCAUUCGUCGUCACAUAUGUCCUCUGAAACUCGGGGAAAGUGACGACGAAUCCAAUCUCCGUCGUGAGGUUGGGUGCAUCUGACUUUAUCAAACCCACAACACCAGCCAUCGUCUCCCCUUUGCCUUCUCUUUUCUUCGACGUGCCUCUAUCGAGCAUGGCGAAGAGGCACCAGUUUCGGUCUGUGCGUACGCCGUGUUCGAGGAAGUGCAGGAAUUCGGCGAGAGUGGCGAAGUGUGAGGGGAGGUAACGUGCGAGUUCGGGAUGAGCGGUGAGCACUGUGAUGUAAGUUUGGGCGUGCAGACGUGGGAUGAGAGGGGUUAGGCGGACGCGAGGAGUUGAGAGAAGGUCCGGGUUAGAGGUGAGGUCGAUGGGGAAGACGAAGUUGAUGUCGUAGGGAGAGGGUCCGUAGGAUUCAUCGGAGAUUUCGGCUGGUAUUUUGGUCGGUGGGGAUGGGGUAUAGGUGUUGACGAAGGUUUCAGACAUAGCAAGCUGACUGGGGGACACUGGGAUGCGAAUGAUAAAGUGUGCUGAAAGUAACGCUGAACAGAGAUCAGCUUCGACGUCAAUUUACUAUCAGUACGUUCCUUAUAUAACGCAA